CGCGGGCGGCGGCACUGAGGCGGCUGAGGGUGGGGUGUCGGUCCUUGAGCGGGCGCCAUGCGGUCCCUGAACAUCACGCCGGAGCAGUUCGCACAGCUCCUGCGGGACAACAACGUGACGCGGGAGCAGUUCAUUGCUCUCUACGGGCUGCAGCCGCUAGUGUACAUCCCGGAGCUGCCGGGACGCACCAAGGUGGCCUUCGUCCUCAUCUGCGUUCUCAUCUUCGCCCUGGCGCUCUUCGGCAACUGCCUGGUGCUCUACGUGGUGACCCGCAGCAAAGCCAUGAGGACCGUCACCAACAUCUUCAUCUGCUCCCUGGCGCUCAGCGACCUCUUCAUCGCCUUCUUCUGCGUGCCCUUCACCAUGCUGCAGAACAUCUCCUCCAACUGGCUCGGCGGUGCCUUUUCUUGCAAGAUGGUGCCAUUUGUUCAGUCCACUGCUAUUGUAACUGAGAUUCUUACAAUGACCUGCAUUGCUGUGGAAAGACACCAGGGAAUUGUGCAUCCACUAAAAAUGAAGUGGCAGUACACCAAUAAAAGAGCUUUCACGAUGCUUGGCAUAGUCUGGUUGCUGGCUCUUAUUGUUGGGUCACCCAUGUGGUACGUGCAACAGCUUGAGGUUAAAUAUGACUUUCUAUAUGAAAAAGUGCAUGUUUGUUGCUUGGAAGAAUGGACCAGUCCCAUUUAUCAGAAGAUAUAUACGACCUUUAUUCUUGUUAUACUCUUCCUUCUUCCACUGAUGCUGAUGCUUUUUUUGUACACUAAAAUUGGCUAUGAACUCUGGAUUAAGAAACGAGUGGGAGAUGCUUCAGUUCUUCAAACCAUUCAUGGGAGCGAAAUGUCUAAAAUAUCAAGGAAGAAGAAGCGAGCAAUUGUUAUGAUGGUGACAGUGGUGUUUCUCUUUGCAGUCUGUUGGGCCCCUUUCCAUGUGAUUCACAUGAUGAUGGAGUACAGUAAUUUUGAGAAGGAGUAUGAUGACGUGACAAUCAAAAUGAUCUUUGCAAUUGUCCAGAUCAUAGGAUUCUUCAAUUCUAUUUGCAACCCUAUUGUGUAUGCUUUCAUGAAUGAGAACUUCAAGAAAAAUUUUCUGUCUGCCCUCUGCUUCUGCAUUAUGAAAGACAACAUAUCCCCAGGCAGGCAGCCUGGGAACUCAGGAAUUACUAUGAGGAGGCAAAAGCCAAGUGCAUCUCAGAGAGAUCCCAUGGAUUUGGAUGAAGGCAGGAGGGAGGCAUUCAGUGAUGGCAACAUCGAGGUCAAGUUCUGUGAUCAGCCAGCUUCCAAAAAGAAUUCGAAAAGGCACCUUGUCCUGUUCAGCUCUGAGCUUACUGUGCACUCUGCAGUAGGAAAUGGACAGUAGCACCACAAGGGGUUCGGGAAUGGAGAAGUCAUCCUCUUUAUGAUCAUUUCAAUAAGCCAUUUAAAAGAGUUUGCUACUUUGCAUGCCGAAAUGAGGAGGGAAGAUGUGGACUCUAAUAAUGUUGGGAUAGUGACUGAGAAAAAGUAAUAUUUAUUUUAUAAUGACGAGGAAUAAAACUUUGGAAAAAAACAUUUCUUCCUGACCUAAUGUAGGGCUUGUUUGCCCUCCACUUUAGGUAAACAAAAAAACUGCUGCUUGCUCCAUUUAUUGUGUGUCUGGACUGUACACAGCUGAAUGCCAGAAGACAGGAACUAUGGAGAGAAUGUGCACCGUUUUGGGACAACUUGGAAGUCUGACAUGGGGCUGACAUUGUAAGAUCUACUUUCUGCAGCUUUGAGGACUGAGCAGCUUCAGAUCUGAGUUCAGGAAAGAUGGAGAGUGAGAUGCAAUUCUAUUUAAGGAAAAAAAAAAAAGGAAUAUGAAAGAGUUAUCCAGAUCAUGACUCUGAAGAGAUUUAAGAAUUAAACAUCACAUGCAUGUUCAGAUUUUGUUAACAGGAAGCAUAUUAGUAAUUAACAAUGCAUGCAUAAUUACUGUGCUGUUUUUUACAGGUUUAUUCUUGGGUACAAAUUUAAAUGUCAUUGUACUGCCCUGGAAACUGCAUUGUUCUGCUGAAAAAUGGAGAAGCUGAAAAAGUGCUUUACAAGAGAGUGCAGAUGCAGGAGGUGUGGUCUGUAGAGUAAACACUGAAUUGAACUUCCAGUCAUGCUUGGACAUGCCACUGUCAGGUUGAAAGGGUGGGCCUGAUCCAGAGCCUGUUGGGACUUCACAGAAGACUUUCAAUGGAAUAUCAUGGUCUUUUGACCAGACACUUCUCUGAGGACAUGCUUGUAUUUUCUGUCUGUCCAUCAUCUUCAAAGGGCAUUAAUUGGUGUCUGAGAACGGGGCCAGUGCUUUAUUUUAGGCUUCACAGUAAAUUGUGGGGUUGAUAUCCAUAUAAAUUCUAAAUUAAAAAUUUUGCUCUCAGUGGGCCAAACUGCAAAAUUGCAAAGGUAUGUUUGCAAGUGUGGGACUGGGGGAGAAGGGUGAUCUAAACUGGUACACUGGGAUCUGAUCCCAUAAAUGAGGCCUUGAAAUACAGAAUGUGCCACUUCAGCUGAGGUUAGUUUGGAUCCUUUAACAGCCUGUAAAAAGUCAGUGCUGUCUUCUGUCACCCCUUGC